CCUAUACCCAAAAAAAAAAACACAAAUCUGAACCAAAGAUGAGCAUAUUUAGGCAUCAUCGAAAGCGCCUGGAGCUGCUCUUGAUGUUGCUGAUCGGCCUGGUUUGGGGCAUCCUAUUCUCCCAGCUCUUGCAGCGUGCCAGCUGGCAGUUCUACAACGAAGAUCUCAAUGACCAGAGCAGCAGCUUUGGCAGCAAUUACCUGCCAAGUGGCGACAGCUGGAGAACAUCGGAACCUUCGUACCAGCUGACAACCAUGCCCAACAAUCUGACCACGGAUGAGGAAGAUCUGGCUGUGAGGCUGUUCAACGAGACCCGUGUGCUGUGCAUGGUGCUGACCAGUCCGAAGACCCACCGCUCCAGAGCCAUACACAUCAAGCGCACCUGGGGCUCGCGCUGCAACGAGUUGAUCUUCAUGAGCACCAAGUCGGACAAGGAGCUGGGCGCGGUGGCACUCAAGGUGAAGGAAGGCUACAGCAAUCUCUGGGCCAAGACACGGGCUGGCCUGCAGUAUGUGUACAAGCAUCAUUUCCGGAAUUAUGAUUGGUUCCUCAAGGCGGACGAUGACACCUAUGUGGUAAUGGAGAACCUUCGCGCCUUUCUGUACGCGUUCACGCCAACGGCACCUGUUUACUUUGGCAGCAAAUUUAGGUGGCAUGUGAAACAGGGCUAUAUGUCGGGUGGAGCUGGCUACGUGCUCAGCAAGGAGGCGCUGUUUCGGUUCAUGAAAUACGGCUUCAGCAACAGCAGCAUCUGCAGCAAUCGGAGCUACGGCUAUGAGGAUGUGGAGCUCGGACGCUGCAUGCAGGCGGUGGGUGUUGUGGCGGGGGACUCGCGGGAUGAGCAAGGCCUGGCCCGCUUCAUGCCCUUCUCACCGCUGCACUGGUUCGCAGACUCACCGAAAUGGUACAGGCCCUACCGUUACUACACCUCGUCAAAUCAGAGCAGCAACGAUUGCUGCUCGAACUCGGCCAUCUCCUUCCACUACAGCAAUGCCAAGGACUUCUAUGUGCUCGAUUAUGUCAUCUACAAGUUGAGAGCCUUCGGUAUAAGCAGACCUCAGGAGCAGCUGCCAGUGAUGCAGCCAGUUCUGGAGACAUUGCAAAAGUGGCGAACCUCGAAGCCAGAAAAUAAUGAAAGUGUAACUAAAGAAACCCCAAAACCAAAGCUCAAAACAAAAGCCACACAAAAAGCGAAACCUACGCCUAAGCCCAAGUCCAAGCUUAAAACAAAAGCCAUAAAAAUUGCAAAACCUAAUCCCAAGUCCGAACCUAAAACUAAACCCAAAACAACGCACAAAACUACACAUAAAACUACACCAAAAACAUCACACAAACCAAAUCCUAAAACACCAAUAACACCCAAAAAAUAA